UAAAAUGCAGCGUGGGACACUUUUGAGCGAUAACUAAAAAUAAUCGGUCAUUCGACUCUUCGAACAGGUUCACUAAAUGAACCGACUCGCUAAAAGAUUCGGACUUUCCACAUCUAAGUGGAUGGAGGUGGGGGCCGGGGAGGGACUUCUUGGACCAAAAGAGGAUUCAAACGUGUUUAUGAGUUUAGAGUAGAACCGUCGCAUUCAGUCAGUCAAUGGACUCGGGCGCAUUGCGAUAACCGGCCUCAUUGUGUUCGCUUCAGGCUGGGAAGCAAAACCGAGGGAGAUUCGGUCCAGAAGAUCGCCCAAAACAAAGGUGUGUCCAUCUGAAAGACAUUCAUUGUCAAAAAAGGACAGGACACGCGCAAAAGAGCGAGCUCGUCGCUGGGAACAAUGAUGCUGAUUGAAGUUUUGGUAUUAUGAGCAAGGCGCGCGGAUUGUUGGAAACCCAUUGAUGCGUCAUAUAUAGUUGCUCUUCUCAUUCUUAAUCAGAUUAGAGUGUGCAGUACGGAUUCCUGGCGCGCUCUCCAAAUCAUUCCAAACGCGGCGUUUCUAUUAUUCCCGUGAGCGGUUCCCAGAUCCACAGCGAUGAAUUACCAGUCGAGCGUCCCGGUCUCGGUGUCAGUGUCCGGUAUCUCUCAGCAGUCCCAGCCCGCCAUGCCCACCCCGGGCACGGUACCCGCACCGGUGCCAGUUCCUCAGCAGAUUCCGCCUCAGUUCGGAUCCGGAUCGUCUGGGAGCUCCGGGGCGGGUCAGUUUGGCUCGGGAACCGUAUCGGGCCCUGCAGCGCAGUCCGGCGCGUCGGGCUCCCAGUUUGUUUUGUCCAACUCCGCAGCCAUCAGAGCCGAGAUCCAUCGGUUCGAGUCCGUCCACCCGAACAUUUAUGCAAUAUACGACCUGAUCGAGCGCAUCGAUGACCUGGCCCUCCAGAACCAGAUCCGCGAGCAUGUGAUCUCUAUUGAAGCUUUCACACGCUAGGAGCCAAAGCCUCAUGAAUGUGACCCGAGCGAUCU